AUGCAGUCCCCAAUCACCCCUUCCACAUCGUCCCAGGCGCGCGCCCCGUCCCCCGACGAGUUGAGCGCCCCCGCCGACUACACCCGGAUCAACCUCUCCGCGCUCGCCGCCUUCUGUUCCGACCAGAGGGCCGAGCUCCUCAUUAAAUGGAAGACCCGAGAGACAAUCUUUCAGCUCAGACACACGCAUGGUGAAAAUGGCAAUGUCUUCGACCCGGGGUUCCCCCCUCCCCUCGCCUUCCAAAAGGACCAAUGGACCCCCAUGCUCCAGCCAGGAGGCUUCGUCUGCCCGCCCGGUUUCCUCCCCACCCCCCUGCCCUCGAUGUCGAUGUCGAUGUCGAUGCCCUCUUCGCACCCCAUGACUCCAUCCCAAAACAGCAGCGACCGCCCGCGUCGCCGUGCGCAAGUGAAUGCCGAAGCCAGCGGAAGCCGGACCUACUCCGGGUCGCGUGAGUCCUCUCCCGAGUCCGCGCCGUGCGAAGACGAAGAAGACGACUUCGCGGACGGGGAAAGCACCAGGACUGGCCGGGGGAGGGCAGGGACGACUCCGCCGGCCUCCCCGGCCCGGGCGAAGCCAGAGCCCAUCCCGCGUGCCCAGGACCGCGCGGGCGGGCCCGUCAUCCGCAACGGCAUGAAGGUCCGCGCGGUGAAGGCCGAAAAGGUCGUCAAGGCGGAGAAGAACGUCAAGACGGAGAAGAGCGUGAAGGCCGAAAAGGCAGUAAAAGCGGAGAAGAGGAAGGCGGUCCUGGUCCCCGAGAUGGAGACAAGGCCAAUCACCAACCAGCGGCACUCCACGACGUGGUACUUCACACGGUCUGCAGACCGCAUCGAGCGGCCCCCGCAUAUAGAGGGCCUCCGCCAGGCGCACCUCUACGUACACCACUACAGCGAAAACAAGCGGCAGAUGUGGAUAUGGGACAAGGAGGACGGGCUGGAGGGCCCCGACGGGCCCGUAUAUCUCUGGCGAACGGUCCACCCGGGGAGCACCCACCCAAAGAAACAGCUCGCGGAUACCCAUACGCUGCUCGUCAACGACCAGGGCAACCCGGCGUGGGUCACGAACAUGCAUUACCGCAAGUGCGUGAUCGACAAAGCGCAAGCGCGCAGAAUCGAGCGUCUCAACGCGCGAGAAUGA